GCGUGGACGUCUGCUUAUGAUUAUCAGCAGACGACUUUGAAGUUAUAUGAGAGACAGGCGACAUACCAGACACAACUAGUCAAGAUGAUGGAGAAUUUCCUCUAUAGCCUUGAGGAUGAUUUCCUGGAUUUCUGUGAGCCAAUGGACUAUUGUGAAGAUCUCAGCUCACCAUGCUCAAAUGAAUCAGAUCAAGAAAACCAUAACUUUUUGCAAUCCGAUAGACGACUUCUAAAGGCUCCAGUGAAGAAAGUACAACAGCGUAAGGCUGCAAAUCUUCGUGAACGUCGUCGAAUGAAAUCCAUAAAUGAUGCAUUCGACCACCUGAGAACUUGUAUCCCUGCAACAGUGAACGCCGAUAGGCGUCUAUCUAAGGUCGACACGCUCCGACUGGCCAUCAGAUACAUCGGCUACCUAGGAGACCUUGUCACAACCUACGAUGACUACGGCUUGGACUCUCAGUAUUCCAGGAAUCACAAGAGUCAGGAAAAAGUUAUCCUACGGUGCCAGUUCACAGAUGAUGACUGCGAAGACGGUCCGACAUUGAUUGGCCACUCCUUGUCAUGGUCAAAUGACAAUACACCAAAACCAACAGAAAACAAACUGACAGCUAAAAUCUGGAUGCCAGAAAAUCCAACAGAAUCUGACAUCAUCAACCUUGCGAACUAUGCGUCAGACUAUGCGUCGUGAUGACGCGCAGAUCUCAAGCGCUGAUUGCAUACAACCUUGCAAUACCAAUACUAGAGACGUCUAUAUCCCUGGUGCUAUACAGUUGAUCCAAGAGUCUAAAGCUACCUGGACUGAGGAGUAAGAGCUCUCACUAUGCAUGUACCUUAGUCCACUGCCGUCAUGUCUAAGACUUUAAGCAGACACUUUUACGGCCAUUGUUUUUGUACCAAAGACAGUAUUUAACUAUUGUUGUUGGAUGCUGGCACCAUUGUGCGUGUUUGUGUGUGCAUGUGCGUGUGUGUGCUUGUGCGUGUGCGUGUGUGUGUGCAUGUGCGUAAUUAUUCACGUCCAGAAGGACCGAGUUCGACUGCAGGCAGUUGAUGCAUACAUAAUGCUAUAGUAUCCCUACUGCUCAUGUUACUUGGAGAGGGUCGGAGGCAUACCAUUAGCUGCGAGUUGUGCCUGCAGACGUUGUGGUGCUGUUUCAUGAAUAUUUCAUUUGUACUGACUUAUUAUUGUAAGAAUAUUAGAUCUAUGUUGCUGGCCAACGGGGAUUAACAUAAUCACCAACAGUUCAAAACAUGUAGCCACUUAACUGGUCAACUAUGCAUGUAGAUUCAAUGUAAAUGUUCUAUGGCAGGUCACGGGGGAAAGUUGUCGAAUUACGACAGUGUCGGAAGCAGAAGAUGAACGGGAUAUAAUGUUUAGCUGCGUUUACAUUAUCGAGUGAAAGGCGUUAAUAUGUUUGAUACUGUUUACUUACACAACGUUAUAUUUUGCAAAGCUAUUAUAAAAACAUCGUUACUUUUUUGAAAUAAAUAUUGAC